AGCGAACCCCGCUGGUCAUGAACCGCCCUGCGGAGCGGGGAGCGGGGAAUUACAGGCACCAGCCCCUUUUUCUCGUGAUCCCGAAAGGGGAUGCGAUGGUUCAUGUCUCCUGAGCUGGCAAUCCGGCUAGGAAAAGCUGUGGGUUACAAGAGACGGGAAGGUACCUCGCCCCCUUGCUUGUCAGUGUCACUGAGCCUGGCUAAUGGGUUACGGGCACCGCAUCCUCCCGGGGGGAAAUGGAAAACUAUUCCAUAUGCCAGCCUGCUCCCCCCUUCCCAUGUGCCGGCUGCAGCUUGUGUGCACAGCCAGGUCAGGUUACCUACCCUUUUUAUAGAUCUGGCCAUGGCAGGAGGCAGGAUCUGGAUCGAACAACUGCUCUGCUAUUAGCCUCAUUUCACACCAGCCCCUUAUCCUAUACAAAGACAGACCCCAGUGAAGGUUUUUUGUUGCAGAAGACCAGCCUAUUUAGGGAUUGUAAUCACCAUGGAAAUUUGAUGUCAUUUAUAUUCGUUUAUACCCACACGUAUGUCAUCCACAGUGAUAUCUAUCUACUGUGCAAACCUUUCUUAUACACCAGUAACCCUUUCAGUCCCUACCUGUUUAUUUAAGACUCAGAUCUGUUACUGGAAGCAGAGUAAUUCCCAAUAAAAGAAGCCAUUUAAAAGCUUGACAUCACAGCCUCUUCUGUUCUGCAAACCAGGCUUUGCUCCUUGGAGAUGUGGAUAAAACUGCCUUGAGUCUCCUUUGCUAUCUCCUGACCCCAUCAUGAGUAAAUCCAAUGAGCAGUCUCUUCCCAACCUUGACAAGUUGGAUGAGUUGCCCCUGAGUCUUUCUGCUGGGCUUUACAAUAGCUAAAUAGGGUUAAAAAUAAAACAAAACACAUCACCAGCUACCUCACCUCUGCUCUAACAGUGUGAUGCCUUCGUAAAUCGGUGUGAUUUUCUUGGAAUCAAUCUCAGACACACCAGCUCUGUGUAGCCUAUACAUUUCUUUUUCUUUCUCCCCCCCCCCUUCCUUAUGAUGAUUUGUGAGACCAGAAUGACUUUGAUUUCAGCAAGUUAGCUGUUUAUUCACGUCACAAGUUUGACAGCUUUACACCAAAUCAGAUUGCUGGGAUUCAAGAAAGCUCUGAGGCGUCACUGGAAGCUCCUUUAGAUUAGAACUCGCCUCCCCUGUCUUUUCCCCCUUCAGAGCCAAUUAAAGCUCGCUGGGGCUUUAAGAGGAAACGUGCUCCCAAGCCCUGCAUCUCAUUCUGCCACUAAAAUGGUAAGUGCUCUUUGGAUCUCUCUCGACCUGAAGUCAGGGGGGGGGAGCUGGUAUUUUGCCUUGAGGGUUUGCAAUAUAUUUUGUGCCCUGUUUGUUUAAGAUUGGUAUUGAGGAAACUUACUCUGUACCUGGAAACCCAGAAGCUUUGUCAUUGCCUUGCAAAGACUUCUCACUUGCAGCAGGUUUGGUUUAUUGGGGGGGGGGGCACCCACUUCCAGAAUCGAACCCAGACUUUUCCUGAUCAGUGGGACCAGUGCAAACUUGCAGAGACUGGAUGUGACUCUCCUAGCUUUGUGUAGACGGUUGGAAGACUUGCAUAGCCAAUGACUCUCCAGAUAGGUCUGGAUCGCUUGCUCCUUUUGAACAGCCGAAGUGUUUCCAGACGAACUGAAGCGAAUGAGGGUCGCUCUCUCGCAUGUCUUUGCUUAGUGCCUGGAUGCUGGAGCUGAUGUGUGUGCUAGAACUGCAGUAGGUGACUCACCGCCAUGGACUUCGAGGUAGCCGCCUAAGGCUGUUAAAGCCUAGGAGGGGGAGUGCAUUCGGUCUGGUUUCUGUCUCUCGUUCAGAGGUGACCCUGCGUGUGAAUAUGCUGGAGGAAGGGAUCGAUGGGUGUACAGGGAAUCACUUGGCGAACUGGUGGCAAAGCUGGGGGUGGGGAUAUACAUGUAGGCUAGCAGGCUUUGAUCGCAGCAUCUAGCCAAGGUGGUUUGGGCUCCAGGGCUGGGUCACACUCCCCCCUGCAUCCGCAACAGGGGCAAACCUUAGACGUUGGCGGCAGCAUGGGUCUUCCCAAGUGUCAGUGCCCGGGCCCCUUUGAGCCUAGGAUAUCUGGGGGAGACUCAGCCUUGAGGUGGGAGGAGAGAGCAGAGGGAGACACCCCAGGGCACAGCCAGACGCCUUCGCUGCAGACAGUGUCUGGGGCGCUGUGGGCUGGGCGGAGAGGUGGGACUGAGCUUUGACCGAGCUGGGGGAAAGCCGGGGCAGGUUUGAGGAGCUUGCAACUCGUGGUUUUGCCACCUCUACGCACCUCUCUCCUGUCAGGGCCUGGUGGCUGCGACACGGUUUAAUCAGAAACCCCCCAAGAACGCAGUGGGACCCGGGAAACCCUUCCUCAACCUCCUGCCUUUGAGAACCCAGCGAGUGCCUGAGGCUCUGGCCUCUCCCCCCCGGUUUAAAACUCGGUGUCACUGCUGGAGAUGACAGCAGGGGGAUCGAGCCCCAGCCCAGAGCGAGCGGCGCCGCGCUGGUUUUUACACCCCACGCGUCUCUAAUGUCUCCUGUCUCUGCCUGUCCCGUGUUCAUUUCACAGAGCACCAUUCUUUCCUGCCAAGAUCCGUACUUUGUAGGGGGCCAGGGCCAUGACUAUCCCUGUUCCGACUCAACGUCAGCAGCCAGUGUGGAUGUUUCCAAGGAGACCUGGGUUUCUUUCUGGGCGUCUGGUCUCCUGGACACCACCCGGGAGAACCAACAGGAAGGACCGGCUCCGGAUCAGUUCUGUGGCUUGGAUUUUACUAUUCCAGAUGACACGUGGCAAGGAGAUCAGCUGUGCUCCCAGCUCUACAGAAACAAACAGCUUCAAGACACCUUGCUACAGAAGGAAGAGGAACUUGCCAGGUUACAUGAAGAAAAUAACAACCUCCGACAAUACCUGAAUUCUGCCGUGGUUAAGUGUUUGGAAGACAAGGCGAAGAAACUGCUGCUGCACAAUGGCCAGAAGAAACAUGCAAUUCUCAAAAGCGGCAAGAGGAAAUUUAAAGAGGACAGUUACCUGGCCCCUCGAGAGACUCCUCACCCCUCCAAAGCCAGGAGGAACCUGCUCAGUGAUUUUACUGCCUGCGAAGAACAAGCUGCUCCGCCCGUGGAGACCUGGGUACUGCAAACCCUGGGACUGAAAGAUAUCAACACCAUUGAUGAGUCUUUAUCAGCUAACUACAGUGCCCUGUCCUCUGAACUUGGGAAAAGCCCGUACUGCCAGAGCCAUGGGGAGGCAAUGGACUAUUGUAAUGAUGAGGACCCAAUCGCUGCUUAUGGCUGUGAUCAGAUGACUCCUAUAAACAGCGCUGCCACUCCUGGGAAGCAGGAUUUACCCUACAUCCAACCACUUUCUUCAGCACCAUGUGCUUCCUCGACGCUGCCCAGCGGUGCCCCUUUCCCGCCUUACGGAUUGCCUUACUUCGCCAACGACGUGUCACCAAACAAAACCGACAUGGCCUUUACAACCUCCCUGAGUCCCCACCGCAACGUCAAAACACACACCUUCCACCAGGGACAGGUCUUCGUGCGCCGAGAGGAGGACGGAGGCUGGAAAUUCACCUGGGUCCCCAAGCAAUCCGAGUGACUCCCCCUCGCCCCCACUUCUGAGCACUGCCAUCAGUGACAUGUUUACAAACUCUUACAACUGCAGAAGCCUUUCUUGCACUUGAGAUUCAUGCUGAGAACAGAAGCAACACCCCCUACAGGCUGUUAUCUCAUGCUGUGUGAAAUGCUACAUUAUAUCAUCCACCCAUUCACCUCCGCACGCUCCUAAUUCUUGCAGGAACGGCUCCAGAUUGCAUUUGGAAAUGUAUCUGCGCAGGGCCAGAUGUACAAACUAGCCCUCCAUUCAGUUCAGCUCUCUCCACAUCUGUGAGACCAUCUACCACCACUUAUUCACAACCCUUCUGCCACCAGCCAGCUUCUGCCAUCUUGUACCUUCCUGGCUGAAAUGUACCCAACCAUUCCUGUUUCUGACACUCUGGUGACCACCCCUACCUGGACUGGGAAGCCAGGAGCUGGAGCAAGGUUUUUGGGAGGACUGUUAAAGAACAGCGUCUCUGCCACAGCCCUUUUGUGCCGGCAUCCUAGGCGGCCACAGACAGAGAAUGAAGGCUGGUUCUGUGGCUGUUAGAUCAGUGAUGUUCUGGAGAGUGGAACCCCCAGUGGCUGCAUAAAUUGCCUAGGAGGAAAGCAA